AUGUCAUCCAACGACCACAUUGAAAGCUACCCGCGACCGGGCAAGACUGCCAUCGUUACGGGCGGAUCGUCUGGCCUCGGCCGCACAAGUGCCGUUGCGCUCGCACGUGCUGGAUGGAACGUAACCGUCACGGGCCGUCGCGAGACCGAGCUUCGCGAGUCGUGCGACCAAAUCGACGCCGCCUCUGGCCGUUCCUCCUCGCACUACGUUGCCGGCGACAUCACCAAGGAAGACGUCGUUCUGCGCGUGUUCAAAGAGACUGCCGAAAAGUUCGGUCGGAUCGACCUGGUGUUUUGCAACGCCGGCAUCUCUCCACCAAACGUCCCCUUGGCCGAACAGAAGCUGUCCGACUGGCAAGCUACGGUCGACGUCAACCUGACCGCUGCCUGGCUGUGCGCACGCGAAGCCUACCGCUACAUGGAGAAGCAAUCACCCCAGGGAGGCAGGAUCAUCAUUAAUGGUAGCAUUAGCGCUUAUGCUCCGCGCCCAAACACGUCGCCUUACACCGCGACAAAGACGGCCAUGACCGGUCUCACCAAGUCGCUCUCGCUCGAUGGAAGGAAGUUCAACAUCGCAGUCACCCAGAUCGACGUCGGAAACGCCGCAUCAGAAAUGACCGCAAAGAUGAAGGAGGGUCCAGGCGUGCCCCAGGCCGACGGAUCCAUGCGCCACGAACCGACAAUGGACCGUGAAUGGGUCGGCAAGGAGAUCGUCCACAUCGCAGAAAUGCCCCUCAGCGUCAACAUCGGAAACGUCGUCAUCCAGGCCACCAACAUGCCCAGCCACGUCGGCCGCGGCUGA